CUGCUUGGACCGGUUGGUACAAUACGCUCAUAUCCUAUAAACAACAAUACAAUAAUGCCGUCUGGUAUUAUAGACGUACUGGUCAAUAUCAAAAUAAUUCUACACAACUCUUACAAAAUAUUAAUAACCUAAAAACACUUUAUGAAAAAGCUAAAUUAGAAACAGAAAAAGCUAAAAAAGAAUACGAAGAUAUGAAGAAAAAAUAUGAACAAGAAAAAAAACUACAUGGUGAAACUAAAAAAAAAUUAGAAGAAGAAAUAAAAAAACAUGAAGAAACUAAAAAAUUACUCAAAAAAGAAAAAGAAAAAACGAAACAACUCGAAAAAACCAUCGAACAAUUAGAAAAAAAACACAAAAUUGAAAUCAACGAUCUUGAAAACAAACUCAAAGAAAAAGAUGCUAAAAUUAUAGAAUUACAAAAUGAAAAUACAAGGUUACGAACAAUGUACGAUCAACAAAAAAUACUGUUAGAUAAACUUAAAACCGAUACUGAAGAAAUGGAAAAACUUAAAGCCGAUAGUAUCAAAUUUCAACUUGAUAUUACAAAAUUAAAUACUGAAUUAACUAAUACUACAAAUCAAC